CGGCUGACCCCGCUGGCAGCCCACGGCGGUUUCGGCUGGUUGAUUGCGGUGCGUGCGAUGGAGGGUUUCUUCGAGGGCGUCACCUUCCCCUGCAUCCACGCGAUCUGGUCCAAGUGGGCCCCACCGAGCGAGCGAUCGCGGAUGGCAUCGAUCACCUUUUCCGGCGUGUUCACCGGAACCGUCGCGUCGAUGCUGCUGAGCGGAGUCCUCGCCGACACGGUCGGCUGGGAAAGUGUCUUCUACAUUCUCGGUGGCUUCGGGUGCGUGUGGUUCGUCGCCUGGAUGCUGAUCGUCAAGAAGUCACCCGAAACGGACCCGUACAUCACGCCGAAGGAGAAAGAAUUCAUCCUGGCGACGAUGCAGCGUUCGGGAAGCUCAACCAGCGAGCGGAUCGUCCAUCCCUGGCGUGGUAUCCUCACGUCGGUGGCCGUCUGGUCGCUGGUAGUGGCAAGCUUCGCGGAGAACUGGGGCUUCUACACGCUCCUCACCCAGCUGCCGACGUUUCUGAAAGAUACGAUGCACUUUGAGCUGCAAGCGGCCGGCUUCCUGUCGGCGCUGCCCUACCUGGUGCUGGGGCUCCUGCUCAGCUUCGCAGGAUAUCUGGCCGAUCUGUGCCAGAUCCGGGGCUGGCUCACGACGACCCAGGUCCGGCGGUACUUCAACUGCGGCGCGUUCCUCGCCCAGACCGUCUUCAUGCUGAUCGGGGCGCUGGUCCUGCGGGUCGGGCCCACCAUCGCCUGCAUCACGAUCGCCGUCGGCGGGGGCGCUUUCGCCUGGUGCGGUUUCGCCGUCAACCACCUGGACCUUUCGCCCGCCAGCGCCGGCGUGCUGAUGGGAAUUUCCAACACGUUUUCGACCGUCGCCGGUAUUCUCACGCCCAUCGUCUCCGGCCAGCUCACCGCCGGCGGCACCGAGAACGAGUGGCGCACGGUUUUCUACAUCGCGGCCGGCAUCUAUCUGGUCGGUUGCGUCACGUACUGGUUCGGGGCCUCCGGCGAACUGCAGCCGUGGUCGGUCGAGGCGCGGGCGAAAGAACAAACCAGCAAGCCAGCGCCCCGACCGAGCCAUACGCCAUCCGUCGCCGCCGCCUCCGCCGGGAUGGCGCUGGAACCGAAGUCACAUAAACCGUAA